GUAAAAUUCGAUUUAUACGAGAAGACUGAUUAUUCUUUACCUAUAAUUUUAUCGAGAUUUUAAUUUUAAUUUGGAGAGUAUUUUUUUUUUUUCGUUUUACAAUGCUGCAAACACUAAACGAAGAUCUUCGUAAUUUAUCAUUUUUAAAUCCGAUUUUAUUAAUUAUUAUAAUCUAGUCAAAAUUUUAAACGCAAUUCUUUUAUUUUUAUCAUAGUUUGGUAUAGUUAAUUACCUAAUUCGUAAGUAUUGAAUGUGUACUGUUAUCAAUUAUCGUUUUUAAUUUCGAACAUCGUGGUUUAUUUAAUUGUUCAAAUUGGAUUUUGAUUUUUUAUAAGAAAGAAUGAAAAAACAUAUCUUAUAUUUAUAGGUAAUUUUGCUAUAUUUUUCUUUUCUGUAACCUUGAUGGAUUUUUCAUUUUAAUAUAAUUGUGUAUAUUUUUGAAUUAUUUUUAAUUUUUUUUUCUCGAAAAAUAUUUUACGAAGACAGACAGUAAAAUUUUUCAUCAUUUUGCUUCCUAAAAUUCGCAGAAUAAGUUUCAUUUUAGUUCGAGAAAAAAACUCCGAAUAUUGAAAGGUCGAAGCUUUAAAACGGAACGCGAACCAGCUGCGAACUUUGCCGAAUACUAACGAAUUCUUUCGACACUGCGUUAUCUCCAAAAAUAUUGAUCCAGGAAAGAAAGUUCCAGUUUUAAAGUUGUUUCAAGGUGUUGUUUUGUAUUUCAUUCUACUAUAUGAAAUUACCUAUUUAACUUCUCGAAUACUUUAUGUUUAGUGUUUUAUAAGCUAAAAUGCCUCAAAACAUCCAUAUUAAUAGAGUACCUCCGGAAGAAGAACCUAAACUGGAAAAUGGUAUUCCGCAACCUAAAGUGACCAACGAUACUAAUCCUCGAAUCUGUUAUAAUCCUAACGAUGUCCAUAUGCAAGUACAAGAACGAAAAACAUCACGUCGUGUCAAAGUAGCUGUGAUUUUUUGCAUCCUCAUCGCAGCAUAUGUGUUACUCAAUAGACGUUCGUGCGAUCGUUAUUUUACGAAGGAGGAUUUAAUCGAUAUGCAUUUUCCUUCGGAUUCGGAAUGGAAUAAGGUGCAUUCGUGGAAUGAUUUAUUAUUCAGUCAGUUUAGGAAUAAGUAUGGCUGGAUGAUUAAUAAUAUUUGGACCGUUGAAAGUACCGAUUCCAAUUCCAAUUCACCUAAGCAGCAUUGCAGAAUACCAUUAAUUUUUCGAAAAGCCGAAUCAAUCGUUUAUCAUAAUUCGAAAAUUAGAAACAGAAUGAUCAGUCGCUGGCCACCGGAUUACAACAAGCAGUACACCUAUGGACACACUUGUGCGACUCAAAUCGAGCCUUUAGACAGCGAAUACAAAUUUUUAAACCAAGGAGCCGAAUGGCACGAUCAUUAUAAUAUUAACGAAACGUUGGGCAAAUGUCACAUAGUCCCGAACGACUCGAAAAUGUACAAUUAUACUCAAGUCCACGAUUGUUUUAUGAAUCGUUUCAACGUCGAGGUCAAAAUUGGAUGCAGAAAUGAAACGAUAUCAACUAGACAUACGUUGUACGAAUUUGGAUUUUGUUUCGAUCAGAGUAUGAAUUUGAAAAAUUGUACCAAUGUGGGUGAUUCGUAUCUAGGAUUUCAGUAUUGUGCAGAAGAAUUCACCUAUCCUGUCACAUCCCCGUUUUAAUAUGGAGAGCCCAUUCAAUACCAUUAAGAAGGCUGAUUAGGUAUAGAUUUUCAUUUUUAAAGCUUUCAAAUUACCAUACGAAUACUGCCGAAUUAUAACGAACGAAUGCGGGGAAUUAAUUCACCGCGGAGUUAUUGUCAAAAUCAAACGACAGUGCAGAAACAUAGAGCUGUGAUACAAAAUUGAAAAAACUCAACACUGAAAUAUUUUCAAAAAAUUAUUUUUUAAAAUACUUACUUACCCUACCUAAAAAAUUCCAAGAUGC